AUGAAAUCCUUUGUGUUCUCUGUCUCUCCCUUUAUAAAUAGCUUACAAUAACACAGCUCUUUACAUAAUACAGAGAAGCCAUGAAUUCUGUUCUGUAUAAGAAUGUGUUUGAGGCUGUAACAAAAGGUGACUCAGAUAUGAUCUCGCGAUUAUUGGAAGGAUUAGGGGAUGAUCUCACCCGACUUCAAUUGCGAUACCUAUCCCCAUUGGGAAUACAUCGGGUUGAUGAAAACCAGGAUACUCUCCUUCACAUCGCGGCAUACUUUGAAAAACUCGAAGUUGUGAAGGUAAUCCAUGAAUGCCUACCAACAAUUAUGAUUAGAAGCAAGAACUAUAGAGGAGACACUGCACUCCACAUUGCGGCACGGUAUGGUAAUGCUGAAGUGGUUGAGUAUCUGCUGCGCUGCGCUAUGGCAACAGAACAGAAACUGUCUACUCCUGUGCGAUAUCCAACAGCAAAGGUACAGAACAGGGAUGGUAACACAGCCUUGCAUGAAGCUGUUCUUGGUCAUCACCUUAAGGUGAUUGAGGUGUUGAUGAAUUUGGACAAAGAGGUGAUCUUCAUUAAGAAUAAGAACAAGGAAUCACCCCUUUAUUUGGCUGCCGACUGUGGGUUGGAGGAUGUGCUAGAAAAAAUGUUGGAAGUUGCAUUGGAAGACCCAAAUUUCAAUAGGAGGGAAGAUCUAAGUAUCUACGAUGGCCCAGACGGCAGGACACCUUUGCACGCUGCCAUUGGUAAGAAGCAUAAAUCAUGCAUCGACAUUCUACUGAAAAAAAAGAAGGAGCUGAUUCGUACAAAAGACAAAGAUGGAAGAACUCCUCUUUAUUAUGCAUCGUCACUUGGCCAUUCUGAAGAAGCUCGUUUCAUACUAGUAGAAGAGAUCAAAGAUACUUCUAUUGCUCACCAAAAGGACAACCAUAUUGCUCACCAAAAGGACAACCAAGGCCUCUAUCCCAUACACAUAGCAGCCAAAAGGGACAAUCUUGACAUAAUUAAAGCUAUUGUAGAUUAUUUGCCAGGGGCAAUAAAGACACUAAACAACGAAGAUCAGAAUGUCAUUCAUCUUGCUGCUAAGAGUGGGAGUGAGAAGUUAGUUAGUUACAUGCUUCAUCCGAAAUCUAAUCUGUUUCAUGACAAGCUUUUAAAUGCCAAGGAUAUUAAAGGAAACACGCCACUACAUUUGGCCGUCCUGCACUCACAUCCGAACGUUGUGAAUAUUCUCUUGUGGGACAGGAAGAAAAUAGAUAUGACUAUCGAGAACGAUGAACGCUUGACAGCCCGAGACAUUGCAGAGAAACAAAUGUGUGGAACAAUCUCAAUGCCAAAGUUUCUUUGCCGAACAGCCUUAAGAAUUAUUAAUGCACCAUCUGGUCAACCUUCUCCAAUUAUUGAGGACAAAACUUCAACAGAAGAUAAUCGAGGAUCUGUUCGACCGUCUCCAAUUAUUGAGGACAAUACAUCAAAAGAUAUUCAAAAUAUAAAGAAUUAUAAAGGGAGGUUCGAUACUCUAGUGCUUGUAGCAACUCUGAUCUUCACAGUUACCUUCACCGCGGGUUUCACUGCCCCUGGAGGUUUCAACAGUGAUGGCCCAUACAAAGGCAUGGCUACCUUGUUCAGGAAGCCUUUAUUUGAUCUUUUCGUGAUCUGCAAUACCAUGGCUUUUUAUCUGUCUAUCGUGAUUGUGGUGAACAAUAUCUGUGCACAGUUGGCUGACAUUCACGUCUUCAUUCUUGCUGCUAAAUUUAGCUCACCAUUGUUGGGUUUAGCUCUCAUCAUGACCGCUGUGGCAUUUGCAGCAGGUUUGUACUCUGUCAUACUUAAACUCCAGUGGCUUGCUGUCCUCGUUUUGGUCAUUGGAUCCUUCUUUCUUUUUUAUAUGGUAUAUUUCCUGCUUUUAAUUAAUGUCCCACAUAAGUUCAGUUACCUUGUUCCGCGGUGUCACAUGUCCUGGAGGUUCUAUCUUUUCAUCUGCAAAAUUGAUAGAACCUUUGACAACAUUGACUGGUUAUCUGGCGUUAAAGAGGUCUGAAUCACUUCAUGCCGAUGUUUCUUCUUAUGUUUAGAUCUACACUAUCACAUAUAAGAGUUUGGGUUUGUUUCCUUUUGGACCUGUUUGUUGAGAGGAAAAAGAAUUUGUAUGAUAUGUAUUACGGAUAAUAGUAGAUUCUAAUGUAAUAAUGGUGUAUGUGAUAUAUUGUA